AUGGCCAUUUCCAGUGAUUAUUACGCUGAGAAAAUAUGGUCACUGGCACAACAACUUACUGAUCGCGUUUACAGCCGUGUUGAGCGUAAUAUCAAUAACAGUAGCGGCGGUAUACAACUGCUCAUACUUCUACAAGUUACCAUUCAUAUUUGUGUGAAUCUAUUCAUAAUAUUCUCAGCUAUUCAUACGAUUUUCUGUUGUUGUAAGAAAAAACAGGGUCCGAAACCUGCAGUGAUUCGGCCACAAGCAGUACCACCACCUGGUGCCCCGCCCGUUAACCCACCUGAUGCCCCACCGGUUAAACCACCUGGUUCCGACGCACCCGCCACUCCUGCAGCAGCUCCCGACUCAACUCCAGCCAAACCGACUCAAGAUGCGCCACCUGGUGGUGAUAAGCCGACCGAUGCAGCAAAACCUUGCGAGAAAGAAGCUGAGGUGAAAAAGGAAAGUGAAAAAAAGGCUGAAGGGGAGGUUAAUAAAGACGAAAAGGCAAACGAGAAAGGAGAUGAGAAAGAAGGGAAAGAGGAAAAUAAUGAGAAAGAAGGGAAAGAGGAAAACAAUGAGAAAGAAGGGAAAGAGGAAAAAAAUGAGAAAGAAGGAAAUGGGGCUGAGGAGAAGAACGAUGAAAAAAAAGGGGAUGACAAGGAAGAUAAAGGGGACGAUAAGGAAAAAGGUGCUGAUAAGCAGAAGGCGGACGAUAAGAAGAAACAAGAAGCGCCACCAGCCGAUAAGAAAUCUGCUGUUGAGAAAGGCGCUGAGAAUCCAAUAGUAACUCCAGUCACUGAUGAGGUUCGUCUGAAUUUGCUGCAAUUUCCUUUCAUCAGUUUGUAUUAUUGA